AUGUCUUCUCCUCAAGAAGACAAGAGGCGGCCAGCCGCUCUCAACCUCGCUCCCACCCGAUCAGCAUCCACAGAUUCCUCGUCGUCCGAGUCUUCGCUGAAGCCCCCUCGCACUCCUCGCUUUGCAGAAGCCACAUCAGUUUACUCUCCUGUAGAGGGUACUCGGUCACCCUUCGCCGACCCUGUCAGAUCAGAAGUGCCUCAAUCCCAGCCUGGAGAUAUCGGGUUCGGUUAUAUCAACAACAGCAGUAGCCACCGCGAGUCCGUCGCCGUUCCAAUGACCCCGAGAUCGCCACUCAAGAGCGCCAUGAGGGUACCCGGGACUCCGGCGAGGAAGAUUGAGAACCCACUCAGCCCAACUUUUCGAGAGGAAGAUAUCUUGGAGAAGCGCGAAGAGGCAACUGACAAGGAACAAGCACGCGACCUGAAAAUCAAGACCCGCGUCCGCAUGGCCAAGUUCGCCCUCCGUGGCGUUAACUUCAGCUGCAGUUUGAUCAUCAUCACCAUGCUUGCAGCCUCCUUCCAGAUCUUCAACGCUACUAGGCGUCUCCCUGCUCAGAGCGGUCUUCCCUCCUGGGCUGAAGGCACAGCCAUUUGGCCCCAAGUGUUGGUAAUCACAAUGGCCUCCAUCUCUCUUCUCGUCUGUAUUGGUGUCUUCCUCGCCUACUGCCGCGGCGGCCAUCACCGUGCUGAGAAAGUUGCUACCUAUUAUACCCUGUUCGCCAUCGGCUGGUUCAUUCUCUCCAUGGUCUUAUGGGCUGUCGCUGCCGGUCUCUUCCAGUCAAGCCGAAGCAACGGGGGCGGCAAGGACAUGUGGGGUUGGUCUUGCAAAGAAAACAAGCGCGCCGAGGUCUUUGGUGAGAAGGUCGACUACGCCCUCAUCUGCCGCCUUCAGAACUGGGCCCUCAUCUGCAUGGUCAUCGAGAUCGUCGUCGACGUCAUCUGCGUCCUGCUCUACAGCAUUGUUUUCUACCGAUACUACACCAAGCGCCGCCUCCACAAGUCCAUGGACAUGCGUGACCGCGCCCGAUCCGAUCUCUACCUCGCUCAGCUCCGAACUCAGUCUGCCCCCAACACUCCCGGCCUCAAGUCUCCCGGUCUGUACUCCCAGUAUGCCCUUUCCCCUCGCCACCCUGACAAGACCUUCGACAACCUGUCUCGCAUCGAGGAGGCCUCGCCAUUCACCCCCGGAACCCGCUUCGUCGAGCCCGAGUCCAGCUUCAACAAGCCUAAGCCCAGCUUCCAGCUCCAGGCUCCACCGGCCAAGGCCCGCUCGGCGACCAAACCCGGCCAGGGCUCGUUCACGCCUACUUCGCCAGAAGGCCCUGCUCCAUCAUUCCCUUUCCAGCAACAGCCCCAGGCGCCGCCGCCGCCGGAGCCACAAUCGUCGCCGCAAGAGCAGACUCGACAGCAUGCGCCAAUGGCUGCUGAUGAGCCAGUUUACGACGCCGUGCCGAUCCCCGGGGCCUACUCCGAUGCCCCGAUGAAGAGCCCGCCGCCACACCAGUACACCUUUGGCCAGGCAAGGUAA